AUGGUAUACUGUGGUAAACCAAGCAAAGGAUGUGGCGAGUGCAGGUCCAGGAAGAUUCGGUGUGACCAAGCCCAACCGGCCUGUUCGCAAUGCACCAGAGCGAAGCGGGACUGCCCCGGAUAUCGGGAUCAACUGUCGCUAAUGUUCCGUGACGAAAGCAAAUCGGUAGUCCGAAAGGCGAUUGCGGCCUCGACAUAUAAGAAUAAACGAGCGGAGCGGUUGCCUCGCACUGCAAUCCCAGAAGGGAAUCCUGUGCGGUCUGAGCUCAGUACCCUGGUGGAUCCGGACUUUGAUUUCAAUUCCGAUCCACAGCAUAUUUAUCUUAUGCGACAGCUCGGGAACUUCCCAUUGGAGAUACAGCCGUCACAGGAGCUUGAAGCCGCCAAAUAUGAAGCAAUCUGUUAUUUUUUGCGGUCCAAUGCUCUCCCAGGCAGUUUCUGGACUAGUGAGACCAUGUCCAAUUUUUUGAUGCAGUCCGGGGGUCCUGCGAGUCAGAAAGCUAUGCAGGCAAGCGUGGUUGCUACUGCCACGGCUAUGCUCUCGCGAGUAAGACGGUUACCAUCGCUUAGAGAUGUAGCCCACCGAGAGUAUGGAUCCGCUUUGAGAUUGCUUAACGCCGCUCUAGUCGACAUAGAGGAGGCGAAAACAAAUCAAACAUUAGGCGCUGUCAUCUUGCUUGCCAUAUAUGAAGUGAUUACAUCAAGAGCUCCGGAGAAUAUCGAUAGUUGGACCAACCAUAUUAAUGGGGCAACAGCCCUGCUCGAUAUACGGGGGCCCGAUCAACUCAAGACUAACGCUGGCCUCCGCUUAUUUUUGCACCUUCGGUAUCAGAUUAUUGUCAGUUGCCUACAACGAGACGCAAGAGUGCCCGAGUCACUACUCGAAUGCACGAAACUCGCAAUAUUUCUUCAGCCAGCAGAAGCUCACGGCAAUCUCCUAACCAUGAUAAUUGCCAAACUAUCGAACCUUCGCUCCGACAUCCGCACUAAUACCUACGAAAAUGACCGGGAAAUCAUAUCAGCAGCCUCGGCCAUCGAAGCCGAUUUAAUUGCCUGGCUGGCAGCUCUUCCCCCUGAGUUCAACUAUACCACCCAUGUAAAAUCCCCCUUCGACUUUACCUUCCAAAAGCGAUUCCGGGGCAUAUCACCAUACGACGAUCAGUACCACGUGUAUCCCACCCAGUGGGUCUGCACUUCGUGGAACCAAUACCGUAGCGCCCGAAUCAUCGUCAGCGAAAUCAUCCUCUCCCGCGUCUGGCAAUUAUCAGACAGUUCCUCUCUGGCCUCAUUGUCUGAAGAGUUCCGUCUCCACUGUCGGACGCUACGAUUAACGAUCCGGCGGUUGGCCGUGGAGAUCUGUCGCAGUGUUCCGUAUCACUUGAACACCUAUCAGACAGAGAGGGACCCUAAUCUCCCGCCACCUGAAAGCUACCUUGGAGGUCUUGUGCUCCUCUGGCAUCUGUUUGUCGCUGGAGUGGUUGAGAACCCCCGACACGGGCUGCGCCGCUGGGUGGUCAAGUGUUUGGAAUCGAUUGGACACACGAUGGGUAUCGAUCAGGCGUUGGCAGUGGCGGAUAUUGUCGCUGCUGAUCCUGGUGUUUUACCUUCUGUGACCGAGGAAGAAAACUGA